AUGUUUAAUGUUUCCCAAGGUUUCACACACUCAUAUUCCCUUACCGCCUGUCAGAGAGGCAUGAAGGCCAGCGGCUUGAUGCGAUCUGGUGGUUGCCAACCCCUGUCCAAUCCAUUGGCUUCGCAAAGGAGCCCCAAGGCGGCACAGACGUCGCCGCGUUGGUCCGCGCCGUCACUAUACAGGGGACGUACUUCUGGAACAUGCAUGGAAGCUGCGUGGAAGCUACACAGAAGCCUUCGACGUUGCAUCCGACUUUUUAUACUUAGCGGGAUACCCGUGCCUCGCACCAAUCUCAUCCCACAGGAACAGGUACCUCUGCAUCAGGCCCCUUUGGGCCCAUCUGGCUCCCCCUGGCUGAACCACAUCUGUCUUCCUCCCCCCCAGCUGCCCAUCACCACCCUUUUACGGACCAUGUUCAACUCCGCCGGAAUAUCACCUUUACCUAUCUCGAUAUCGACGAUUAUGCCUGCAGACAUGAUGGCUCAUCUUGGAUCAGGCCAAGGACAGCCCGGCCUCGUCAUGUAUGGUCUCUAUGGACUAGAUACGUUCGAGCACGUCGAGAUCGAUGAAUAUCAGGUUCCGUUCCCCAUCAACCGCCGUCGACCAUGCUCAAGCAGUUUUCCCAAGCCUUGCGUGUUCGACAGUAUGGCCUCCUCACCAUCACCAGGCUCUGUUACAACUGCGCCGUCCAGAGAAGGCUCUCGGAUCGGACGACCACCGCAAUGGACAGUUUCACGAUCGCGAAAGCUGGCUAGGCUAUACCUCUAUACGACACUUUCCAUCGAGAGGAUUAUCCGGGUGCUUGAAGAUGACGUCUUCAAACCGAGGUGCGGGGAUCGGGAGUUUGCAGGGCUCUACACGGCGCUGACAGAUUUUGCAGGAAGAAUUCAGCUCAAAAGACGAUUCACAAAAUGCUGGACAACGACCCCCGAUAUCUUCGACCCGAAACACAAUCUGGCAAGGACUGAAAUUUCGUCAGUAUCCGGCUCAAGCCGUAGGGUAGAGGAAGGCCCUUCCUUUGACUUUGCUGGUUCGCCCGACGCACUCCUUAGUCCCAUUCGAUGGUCGAUACCCCUGAGCGCUCAGACGACAGACGUCACCGACUUUGCGGGCUCUAGUGACAGAGGUUCAGCCAUGGUCCAAGACCUCAAGAGGAGGCUAUCAGACUGUUCCACGCACUUCGCCCACCAAAUCACAUCGUUGAUUAGAGACUUUACUAUUGCUGGAAGUUCACAAGACGAAUUAUCUACUGGCCGCCGACCUUCUGAGGCUCUCAGUGACAGGUCUGGGCACGAUGAACUUUCUGAGUUGGGGAUCAGUAACGAGCCAUUCGAAGCCUUCCCCGAGCCGGCCUUCGCAGUACCAGGAGACUUUUUAAGCGCGCACAGACGGAACUGUGCCGACUUUCCAGGGCAGCAACAUGGAGUCGGUGACUGUUGGUGCUCCAUCGCCGGUGAUACCUCACUGGACCAGAACUCUUGGUUGAUGCCGACGGGUGAAUUGAGUGUGCGUGCACGCCAUGUUCUUAAUCAUCCUUCUCCAGGUAGUCUCAGCCUCCUUGACAGUUUCGGGAACACGCCUCUACACCUCUUCGCCACGCUAGAAGGGUACCAAGACACCCUCUUCAGAAUGGUGCUCAACUGCGAUGUCGAAACCCUGAAGAUUACGAACACUGCUGGCCAAACGUUUCUCCAUACGCUCAACCUGGAUUGGUUCCUUAACCUUACAGACCCGUCGACACUACUGAAACAACUUCUUUCACACAUCAGAGACUCAGUUCCAGACCUUGUUCACGAGACCGAUGUGUAUGGACGCACCUUCUUUCACCGCGCCCAUUCCCUCGUUCGGGACCCAGAAGCCCUUGCCAACCUCUUCUCUCCGUUCGACUCUCUUCGGGCAGCCCGUCGUGAUGCCUUCGGCUUCAAUCCUCUUGGCAGCGGCAUCACGGGCGACCAAGGCCCAUAUACUCCCCCAAGAAGAGGAAAUAACCUUUCACCUCAAGUUGAAUACCUUUCCAGUUCCGCCGGUCCUUCACGCGGUCAUUCUGCCUCGCCCAGCGACAACGACUCGUUCUUAGCCUAUCAUGCUCGUCUUGUCGAAGUCAUCCAGUCAUCCUACAACAACCCACAGGUGGAGGACGCUGAAGGCCGUAACGGAUUACACUGUCUCGCAGAGGCUAUUCUCAACCAGCAGUCCAUGAACCGCCAUGUCUCUUCUUCUGUCGGCGCCCCUUCCAUCCACCAGCGACCCAGUCUCAAACGAAAACUAGACUCUUCCAAAGAGUCAAUCACUUCUUUUCCAUCACCUUCGCCUUCCUCCACCGCUUCUGCUUCGACCGCCUCGAACGAAUCUACCCUCACGACUCGACUUCGCCAUCUCACUGGCCUUCUCCACCACUCGCACGUCGAUGUCAACGCCUAUGACAAGUCAGGCAACACACCUCUUAUGGCUUUCAUCACACAUAUUCCAGACGAUCAGGACGACAAAUCAAAGACAUUACUCGCCAUUCUUGAAACUAUCAUUCGAGCAAAGGGGUGCAAGAUCGAGGCUAGGAACAGAAGGGGCGAGACAGCCUUGUUGGUGGCGGCUAGGCUGGGCAGGAAGGUAGCACUAACAACACUGUUAGAACAUGGAGCCAAUGUUCACGCCCGAGAUGUGGAUGGGAGGGGGGUGUUGGAGGUGGUGGAUGAAGUUUGCAAGGGGGCUGGGAGGGGAGAAAGAGGGAAGGGUGCUGGCAAGGGGGACAUAAGCCUGUAUGCCAGGGCGGAGGCUUGCAGGGUUCUGUUGACUGGGAGGAGGGAUUGGGGUGUUGUUGGAAGGCCUGGGGUAGGGAGGGAGUGGAGGGUGUAA